AUGGUCAAGUUGCAGCGCAAGGCAUGCCUUGCUGAGUUACUGUCUGUUUUCGGCAACGAAGCACCACAUCAGUCGACAAUUUCCCAUUGGUAUGAAGAAUUCAAACGUGGACAGGUGAGUCUUAGCGACGAUCCCAGGGUGGGUGCACCAAAAGCGGCAGUCACCCAGGAAAAAGUCGAUGCUCUGCGCACACUCAUCAUUGAAGACAGACAUGUGACAUAUCGCGAGAUUGAGGCGUCCUUGAAGAUCUCAAAGACCUCAAUUCAAAAAAAUUUACAUGAGGAAUUAGGAGUAAGAAAACUGGUUUCUCGUUGGAUACCCCACCUGUUGACUGAAGAGCAGAAAGCUGCCAGGGUCAAUUGGUGUCAAAAAACGCUAGACCGUUUCAAUUCUGGAAACUCAACAAAUGUGUGCAGCAUUGUUAGUGGUGCUGAAUCGUGGAUUUACUGUUAUGAACCAGAAAAUAAACGACAGUCAGCUGUUUGGCCAACAAAAGUCAUCCGUUCUCGAAGUGUUUCGAAAAAGAUGGUCGCGACAUUUGUGUCAAAAGCGGUCAUCACCGAGCUUCGAAAAAUCAACCACGAGAGGAGAAUCAUCCUCCACCAAGACAAUGCAAGCUCGCACACAGCCCAGAAACCAAGGCAGUAUUUAACGGAAGAAAACGUGGAAUUAUUGGACCAUCUUCCAUAUAGUCCCGAUCUAAUUCCUAACGAUUUCUUCAUUUUCCCGAAAAUUAAAAACAGACUGUGCGGUCAAAGGUUCCAGUUACCAGAAGAAGCAGUUGACGCAUUCAAAAAUGCCGUUUUGGAUCUGCCAGCAAACGAGUGGAAUAAGUGCUUCGAAAAUUGGUUCGAGCGCAUGCAGAUGUGUAUUAAUCUUCGUGGAAAAUACUUUGAAAAACAAUAAAGUCAUUUAAAACUACCCACCGUGUUGUUUUAUUUCCAUAGGCAAAACUUAAAAGACAUCCCUCGUAGUAUAUGAACUCAAGAAAAAAAUGAAUCAAAGAUCCUGUUCCAGUAGUUUCAAUUAAUUUGUACAAAGC